UAGACAGGUGGGCCUCCAACAUGGCCAUAAGCUUCUCCUCCUUGUCCUCACAGCCCUACCCUAUUAUCUCCACCAGUCUGCUCAAGAGAUGACCUCACAUACCCCCUACUUGUUGGGGGAGAUAGGAACUAGGUUAGGGGAACUGAUGGGUUCAGAGGCCCAGGUGUAGGGGCAGAACUAGAGGCAGCUGCUACACCAGUCUAACCAAAAUGAGCGAGAACAGAUCAUGACCACUAACGUAUGGCUGAAACAGGUAAGUGCCCUGCAGGGUCCCCAGCCCUGGAGGCGUUUCCUCCGGGCUGCCCCUUGGUGGCAACAGACCUACAAGUGAUGAGGCCUUGCCUGUCUGCUCAGGAAUGGACUGACUAUCGCCUGGCCUGGAACAGCUCCCGCUAUGAAGGCGUGAACAUCCUAAGGAUCCCCGCAAAGCGGGUCUGGCUGCCUGACAUCGUGCUUUACAACAACGCGGACGGGACCUACGAGGUGUCUCUCUACACCAAUGUGGUGGUGCGCUCCAAUGGCAGCAUCCUGUGGCUGCCCCCUGCCAUCUACAAGAGCGCCUGCAAGAUUGAGGUGAAGCACUUCCCCUUCGACCAGCAGAACUGCACCCUCAAGUUUCGCUCCUGGACCUAUGACCACACGGAGAUCGACAUGGUCCUCAAGUUGCCCAUGGCCACCAUGGAUGACUUUACCCCCAGUGGUGAAUGGGACAUAGUGGCCCUCCCAGGACGAAGGACCGUGAACCCGCAGGACCCCAGCUAUGUGGACGUGACUUACGACUUCAUCAUCAAGCGCAAGCCGCUCUUCUACACCAUCAACCUCAUCAUCCCCUGUGUGCUCAUCACCUCGCUGGCCAUCCUCGUCUUCUACCUGCCGUCCGACUGUGGCGAGAAGAUGACGCUGUGCAUCUCUGUGCUGCUGGCGCUCACCGUCUUCUUGCUGCUCAUCUCCAAGAUCGUGCCGCCAACCUCCCUUGACGUGCCGCUUAUUGGCAAAUACCUCAUGUUCACCAUGGUGCUGGUCACCUUCUCCAUCGUCACCAGCGUCUGUGUGCUCAACGUGCACCACCGCUCACCAAGCACCCACACCAUGGCGCCCUGGGUCAAGCACUGCUUCCUCCACAAGCUGCCCACCUUCCUCUUCAUGAAGCGCCCUGACAGCAGCCCCUCCAGGGCCCCCCAGCCCAGCCAGUCUUGCCUGACCAAGUCUGAGGCUGCUGCUGCCACCGCCAUGGCCACGGGCCCUGCCAGCUCCUCCAACCUCUACAGGAACUCCAUGUACUUUGUGAAUCCUGCCUCCGCAGCUCCCAAGUCUCCAGCCGGCUCCAACCCGGCAGGUAUCCCCAGGGAUUUCCGGCUGAGGUCUUCCGGGAGGUUCCAGCAGGAUGUGCAGGAGGCUCUAGAGGGCGUCAGCUUCAUCGCCCAGCACAUGAAGAGUGAGGAUCAAGACCAGAGUGUCGUUGAGGACUGGAAGUACGUGGCCAUGGUGGUUGACCGGCUGUUCCUGUGGGUGUUCGUGGUUGUGUGUGUGCUCGGCACCGUGGGGCUCUUCCUACCUCCUCUCUUCCAGACGCAGACUCCCUCCGAGGGGCCCUAGGCUGCCCUAAGUGUCGGAGGGCCCCCAGGUGUAUGGGGUGAGAUGAUGUGAGCGGCCGGGUGGGCAGUUUGCUGCUUCCUUCUGGGUCACGGCCGACAAGGCCCUAAAUAAAUAUGAGACCAUCGGCCAUCAACCCCAUCAAACAGCCAUGGCUGUGGGAGGAGCGAGGAUGGGGGGCCUGGACUGAGUUCUCUGAAGGCCUUGGAGGACCCCCAGGAAACUCCAGCAGGAGGGGGCUUCGGACAGUUGAAUUCUGGCCGGUUUUCCUUCCCUGCCCCAGGCACCGGGGAUAAGGAUGAGCAUAACAGCAGCACCUACUAUGUGCCCGGCAUC